UGACCAUCCAAGUGCCUCUAGAACGUAAAGGAGACGCGGACAGGAAGCCAGGAUUCUCUCCCUCAUGACGGGAUUCCCCUUCUGACACAGGAAUGGAUCCCUUCGCCAACACCCUUUCAAACACACCGAGACUCGACCACCAAAUCCCCCGCGUCGGCUCUUGGCGGAGAAAAUGCUCGGCACUGUGGACCGUUUCUGUGUUCUAGAACCUUCUAGACCCGCACUGCCCGCCGAGGGCAUCCCUGCCCCAAGGCUCCUACGCCAGGUACCUCCUGCGUCCCCGAAUAUUGCACAGCUGCCUCUACUGCUCCGUAGGACCUCCUCGUUCCCACCGUUGGCCUAGAGGGUCAACCCCAUGGUCACAAGGCCUUUCGCAUUCCGGUCCCUUGUGUCGUCCACGUGCCGUGCCUCGGACCACCCCAGACACGGCGAUAUCCGUGGCGUUUGUCGAUCCGAGGGCCGGCUGAGGAGCCCUGACCCCGACGUAGGUCCCGCCUGCCGAUUCAGCAGAUUCCAAAUCAGACAGAGACCGCCGACCGUCUCGGGACUCACGGUCCUCUGGAAACGUCCCACUUAGCUGUGGGGUUGGGAGGGAGAGAUCACCGCCCCCCAGCCCCGCUCCUGAAGUAGACAGCAGGAGCCUAAGCAGUGCAGAUGGCUGGGGAUGACGUAAACCACUCAAUGGCAUGCAUGUGCCAAGACCCGUAUUUACAACCACGUCCGCCUGGGGACAACCCUUCCCAUGACACCCAGUGAUGGCCUUCUUUGCUCGUGUCAAACACCACUUUGUCCUGUGGUGUAGACGAGACAAACCCCACAUGCCCCAACGUCUACGAGAUCGUGAAUCCUGACAAUGGGCUCGCCUCCCCCUGAAUGAGAGGAGUUGACAUGGGGGGGGUGGGGCACAGAAGGUUCCAGAACAGGAAGCCCAGCACGGGGACCCUGGUUCCCCUGCGCUCCCCAGACGGACCCCGUUGGGCAAGUGUCCAGAAACCCGGGGCUGUAGAAACAGGAACCCUGAGUGGCUGAUAAACGGCACAGGGCCGGCUUCACACUGGACACGUCCGGGACGCUUCCUGUCCCGAGAUAACAAGGCUGCUGCUCCUUGACGGGCAGGACACGGCUGACGUGCGUCCAGAUGAAUCAUGCGAGGGUCUCCGGGCAGCACAGGCUCCUGACCAGGCCGUGUCUCCUUGUCCGUGCCCAGAGUCUGCCCUCGGGGACCCUGCUCGUCUGCUGUCAUCGUCACUGCCUGUCCCCCGGGCAGUACAGCGUCCCCCGAAAGUGCUGAGACGGCCCAAGACAGGCGCCGAGAGCUGAGGGGCCAGCUGGUCCGUCUCGAGGUGGGGGCCCACGGAGCCACACCUCUGCCUGCUGAACCCACCUCCGGACGCACCAGGAAGCCCACCAGGCUCCCCCUCCAGGGUCCAGACAGGAGCCCCCACCCUCGGACUAACAGUGCAGAUCCAGGUGCAGCUUUGGGACUGGGAUAUGGCGGCCGUGCUGGAUCUUCUGACCUUCCUGGUCGUCCUGAAGUCGGCGUGCUGUGCACAACCACGGCCGGCGCAAGACAAAAUAUCCCCUAUUAUAAACAUGCAGCUGGAUUCAAGGAAAAAAACGUUAACCUGGACUUACACAAGAAACGUGAGUGACCAGGAAUGCACAAUAGAUACGCCGACUGCCUAUUCCGCUAUGGUGGGCCCACAGGUGACGGAGGACCACACCUACGUCUGCACCUUCCCCAACUCCGUGCUGCACAGGGGGGCCAACCUGACCGUGAACGUCACUUGCGACGGGGACGUGUUCCUCCAAGUCCUGACUUUCGCUAACCCAGGCAGGGAAGGUUCCGGAGCCGUGAACUUCUCCUGCCUCAUUUACAACGUGCGCUUCAUGAACUGUAGCUGGGUGCCCGGCCCGGCCGCCCCGGCCGACGUCCAGUAUCGACUGUUCUCCUGGGCGUCCAGGCAUGAGGCCGAGGCGGAAUGUGUCCAUUACGUCCUCGGCCCCACGGGGACCCGCGUGGGCUGCCAUUUCGACCAACUGGGCGAACCCCAGAGAACGGAUAAUUACUUCUUCUUGGUGAACGGCACCAGCAGGGAAACGGCGAUCCCGUUUUUGGAUUUCACUCCAUUUAAGGCCGUUCAAAUCGAGAAGUACGAUCCACCCAGGAACAUCACCAUCACCUACAACCGGUCGCACCACAUCAUCCGGUGGGAACAUCCCGAGAUCCGAUUCGACCUUUCGAGUCACAUGCUGUAUUACGAGCUGGACAUCCAAACGCCGGCGAGCUCCCCAGAAACAAACCGUGUUUUCCAGAGGGGACAGGACCCGAACGUGCACCUGAUGCCUAGUUCCACCACCAGAGCCAAGAGCGCCUUCCGGGUGAGGGUGCGUUACAUGUAUAACCACCUGUGCAGCGAAUGGAGCCCCACGUGGCGGUUCGGCCUCCCGGAGCAGGAUUUCAGCGGCGCCCUGGUGGGGCCCGUGGUGGGGACGGCGGCUUUGUCUGCGCUCGUCCUCAUGUUCCUCUGCAAACGGUUCUCCGUGAGGCGCAAGAUGUUCCCUCCCAUCCCGCAGGUGAAGAAGGAAAUCGCCAAGGCCCUCAUGCCCACACCGGGGGUGAGUGACCCCUCCGUCUGCACCCAGGAGGUCGCCUGGGACGAGGGCCACCCCCCGCCGGGCCCCCAGGACCCCGAGGACGUGGUCACGCUGGAGGCAACGUGCUGACGGGCACGGGGACGAGGGGAGGUGGUGCGUUCCGCCUGCGACCACUUCUGGCACCGUGUGGUGUUCGCAAACUAGCAGAUAAAUAAACUAACGAGAGAACAUAACAUAAGAGAAGGAAAAUAACAAGAGAAAACGUAAUAGGGUGAAAUAAAAUCAUACAGGGCAAAAAAAGAAAUGAAAUGA